GUCAGAUAAUAUCCUGAUGUGUCAGUAGAGCUUCUGUCUGUCAGUGAGACUCGAUCUGACUCUCUUCUGCAACUGGACUUUAGAGAAAUGAUGCUCAUCUUUGGACUGAUGCUGCUGCUGCUGCAAACUGCUGCAUGUCUGGAUCAGCUCUGCACAUUUGAUGAACCAUAUUCGAUCAAACAAUGUUACGCAGCUCUGGGACACAAACUCAGUCUGCAGAUGAUGCUGAACCCUUCAUAUACUGAACUUGAUUUGUAUAAGACGUUAAAUGAUGGCAGUACACUGAACGUUUUUAGCAUAAAUAAAAAUAAAAAGUAUAAUUAUGAAUCCAUCAGAGACAUAUCUGAGUUAUUAAAAAAUUUGACUCUGAUCAUAAAUACACAUGAAUUCAUCAGAAACAGAUCUGAGUUCUUCUUUGAUAAUAUGACUCUGACCAUAAACAAUGUGACCAGAGCAGAUUCAGGAAGAUACACAUCAUUUGUCGUUGAGAUAGAUAUGUUAAUGAAAAGUGAUCUUCAAGUGAUUGUUGAAGCUCCUAUUGGCUCAGUGGAAGUGUCAAUCAUCUGCUCCUCCAAUCAGACUACAGUGUUCUGCUCCUCUGAGGGAGAUCAGUUCAUCUACAGCUGGACUCUGAAUGGAAAAAUACUAGAAGAAGGACCAAUGUUUGGAAACAGCAGCAUUGAUCUGGAUGAGGGAACUGAUGGAAACAUCAGCUGCAGCGUGAAGAACAACGUCAGUCAUGCACAGAAGACCAUUAGACUCAAACCCUGUCCUGAAGGGAUACAGAGGAACUGGAACAAAGAAGUCAAAAGACAAAAGAAGAAGGAGAAACUUCGAGGAAAGCAGGACAGAAUGUCAACUGAUGUAACAGGAGAUGGUUUUUAGGAUAAGAAGAACAAUUCAACUUAUAUGAAAACAAGAGGAUUUGAAUAAGAAAAUUAUGAGAAUGCUGAAAAGAUGAAAGAGUUGGUUAACUUUAAUUUGGAGUUGCAAACGUCAGCUACAAAACCUGAAAAGCCUUAAAAGGCAAUAACGAGAUAUACUUUCUGUUAGAAUUUGAUCAACAGUUAAGAUUGCCAUCUAUGUAUGCUUUUUUGCCAACUGUAUGAUGAUUGUGCAAGGAAGUGCAUUUUGCAACAACGUUGCAGAAUGGACCUUCUUUCUUAAAGUGUUGUGUUGCAAUAUGUUUUAUCUUAUCAUAAAAUAAAUGAUGCUAUGCAGUUUAGAAAUAGUUCUUUGCUUAGACUAUGCCUUUAAGAUGUUGUAAUUGUUUAGAUUAAAACUAGAGAUAGAUUAAUUUGCUUUAAAGAAAAAGAUGCAGCAAUUACUUCAUCUGAAUUUGUACUACUAGGUGAAGAAGAGAUUGCUUCUAGGUGAAGGGUCAUGCUCCUGUAUCCAUAGCAACCUGUGUAUGUGUGUGCGUGUGGGUGAGUGUGUUCACCGAAAAGGGCAUCUGGAAAGGAAGACGUGUUGUUUUUGUGACUAUUAAAAAUGUUAUGGUUGGAACACAUUCACUGCCGCUAUUUACUUUUUUUGUUAUUUGCUUAUGAGUUAUUGUUUUAAUAAAGCGAAACCAUUUCCUAUGGUGAUGCGUUAAACUUCUUUUAAA